UGUGCACUGAGCUAAAUAAAAGUAGUGAGAGGAAUCAUUUAGUUGCACUCAAAGUGUUUGUAAAAAUGGCUACAAGAAUAACUAUUAGAUUUUUUUUUCUUUUUAAUAUAGUUAAGAAAUUAUAUAUAUAUAUAUAUAUAUAUAUUCAUCUGUCUUAUUUAUGUGUAAGAUUUUAAAAUUGAUUGUUCUUAAUUGAUAGAAGACUUGUCCUUUCUCACUAAAAUAGUGGAAUAUUCUUUUAGAAUAAUGUGAAAGAUCUUAUGGAUUAUUCAUAUGUUCUUUGCACUUAAUAUAGAUCUCCACCUAAUUAAUUAAUAUAGAUCUUCGGUAUUAAAUAGAAUAGGUGUUGUUGUAGCCCAAUAUAUGGAGAGAAAAUUGUGUAUUUUGUUGAAGGCUAUGGGAAACACCACAGAUAGUGAGAAAACCCAUUUCAAUUAGAGAAGAGUGUUUUCUUUUUUCAUUUUCUGUUUGGGGAGAGAAGGAAAGAAAAAUAUGAGUAGUUGUGGAAGAAGUGGUGCUGUAAGACAGUAUAUAAGAUUGAAGGUGCCUUGUCUGAGAUGGACUCCUGAGCUUCAUCACUGUUUUGUUCAUGCAAUUGAAAGACUUGGUGGCCAUAAAAAGGCUACACCUAAGCUUGUUCUUCAAUUAAUGGAUGUUAAAGAACUCACCAUUUCACAUGUCAAAAGCCAUCUCCAGUCGACUCUGAGUUCCAUAUGUUUGUGCACAAGAUUGCCACUUUUGAAAAGGCUGCAGGUUUUCAAGCUUGUUAUCAGUUAUGUUGGUGUUUUCUUGCAGUGCAUUUUCAAUAUGACAUCCUCAUUUUAAAUUUAAAGCGUUCUCUAUCAACUUGGCAUUAUAUUCUAGAAACUUUAAUGUCAUUCUCUUCUUGACCAUAGUUUGUGCAGUCUUGUUGCUCAUAUAUCUCCUUUUUUGACUGAUGAUUUUAUAUUUUUAAGUUCACAAUAGACAAUAAGAUUGAGUUGUAAACUUAUGCACACACUUAUACGUUCUUUUCCGCUCCUGCCUUAGUUUCUUCCGUUUUGGAUUGCAGCAUUUGUUGUUAGGUGAUACUACCUAGAAUUUUCAAGAGAAUGUGUAGUCUAAUGCAAAAUUUGAAUACUACCUAGAGACUUUUCCAAUUCUUAUCCCUAAUAAGUUGUACGUAGAUCCAAAACGAAUGAUGAGUUCAAAGUACAAUCAAUUCACCAUUCAAGCAGCUGAACUAAUGGAAGAUUAGGAAGAAGUUUCACUAUACUCUUUUUAGUUUUUCUAAUAAUAUUCCAUAUAUUAAGACUUUUUUUAAUAAUUUUUUUUUCUAUUUUAA